CACGCCUCAACACGACGACCUCUUCAGUCCAUUCACAGUGUUCGUCCUCUUCUCUGAGCUCGACCGGAUUCCAGUAACUGCCGGUGAGCACACGUACGUCGUGCAGCAGCAACCGGCAAGAGACAGCGAGAUGGGCGCCGGCGGCAAGCUGCAGCAGCUGAUGGCGCGGCUGCACCUGGCGAGGGGCGGCGUGCCGCGGGGGCACUUCGCGGUGUACGUGGGCGAGGCGCGGGCGCGGUUCGUGGUGCCGACGGCGAUCCUGAAGCAGCCGUCGUUCGUGGCGCUGCUGGAGAGCGCGGAGGAGGAGUUGGGGCUCGACCACCACUGCCACCCCGGCGGCCUCACCAUCCCGUGCUGCUCCGAGCGCGACUUCGCCACGCUCGUCCGCAGCCUCGGCUAAUAACCUAGGCCUGCUGACUACUACCAGCAGCUCGGUCGAUCAAUGCUCGCCGCCGCCGCCAUGGCCGCCCGCCAGGCCGGCGAUGAUCGAUCCGUUCGUCCCGCCGAUGAGCUCCGAUCCAUAGGCGCUCGUCGUCGCCGGGUCGUUCCGUAGCUCCAUGUGUACAUGUAGUGUUGACAGAUGU